AAUCGAUACUUGACUUGUUGAAUGAUUCGAUCAGACCGCAAACAUAAUUUUUAGAGUAAUCUACGCGCGAGGCUUUACUUGAAAUUGUUUUUGUUGAUCUAUAGAAAAAAAGUCCACCAUUCGCGAUUAAAUCUUUUUUUCGUUAAGAUGUCUGCACCAAAACAGCAGCAGAAUGUCGAGCACAAAGAGAAGAAGAGAAAAGAGAGUAUUCUCGAUCUAUCUAAAUAUCUCGAGAAAAACAUAAGGGUAAAGUUUGCUGGAGGUAGAGAAGCUGAAGGUAUACUCAAGGGUUACGAUCCUUUACUCAACUUAGUACUCGACAACACAAAGGAGUAUCUUAGAGAUCCAGAUGAUCCAUACAAAUUAAAUCAGGACACACGCAUGUUGGGAUUGGUAGUAUGUAGAGGAACAUCUGUAGUGCUUAUUUGUCCCGUAGAUGGUAUGGAGUCUAUUCAGAAUCCAUUCAUACAACAGGAAGGAUAAACAUGAGACAUUUGUCUUUAAACAACCAAUAUAUGACGUUAUAUCUUGGAGAGAAAGAGAGUUAUCUUAGUAUCUUAAACCAUUUCCAUUUUUCUAAUGAUGAAGGAAGUAUAAUUUAUUUUGCAUCAUAUUGAGAGUUGAAGAAGCUUAUAUAUGUACCUAGGAAAUAAAUGCAAUUUUCUUAA